AUGGCAGGCGUAGACUCCUGGAACUCACGCUCAACUAUCCCGACGCCGUAUCUUCCGGCGCUAAACACGGAGAUUGACUCUCCCGGCCUAGUCGGUGGCUUUCUUUCAAGCUUGGACUCUCCAGGCGAUAGCAUCCCCGGUCUUCACGUAGCGCCCCUUUUGGAAGAGCAGCCUGAGCUAAUCAAACCAGAGAGCUCUCACUUCGCCUGCGAUUCGACGUUCUUCGGUUCCUCUGCAAUUCAUCCCGACGUGACGGCAUUCAUGGCCGGCGCAGGGAACGAGAUCUCGCAAACGGAUCUCGAUAACUUGGCUGAAUGGAUCCCGCGACUCGCCGGCGGUGCCGCCGCCGCCGCUGCCGGACAGCCAUCAUCAAUUGACGAGAUUGCGGCGGAGCUACAGUCGCUCGACGCCAAGCAGUUUCUGCUGCAGCAGCAGAUGACGGCGCACGCCGGCGGCGGCGGCGGCGGUUCCGCUGGUGGUGAAGAGGCGGACCUAUACGCGGCGCUAGUGCAACAGCAGCUUGCUGCUGAAAUGCCGCACGACGCGACCAACGCCGCAUCAUCCGCGGUCGCUUUUCACGGUCGAGACCUGGAGGAGCUCAGCGCGCUAUCGCAGAUGGCGGGUUUGCCAAACAGCACGUUGGGAGGUGGUCUGGAUGGAGCCAAUCUGAUUGAAACGAACGCUGCGCGUUCCGCGGCGACAGAACCGGCGGCGCUCUCUGCGGCAUUGGGAAUAAUCGCGAACGACCCGGCUGCUGCGCGGAACGACGCGCUGACGAUCCGUCCGGCGGCUCCAGCGCAAUUCACGGCGCAAUUCUCGCGCGCGGCGAGCCAACUGGCAGCCGGGAACGUCUUCGGAGCGCCGCCGCAGUGGCCUUCCGCCGCGACCCCCCAAGCUUCCUCGGGAAUUCAGAUCGGCGCGAAUUGGCUUCAGAACCAGCCGCAGCAGCAGCAGCAGCAGCAGCAGCAGCAGCAGCACUCGCAGUCGCAGCCACAGCCGCAGCCGCCGCGUACGAGCAUCAUGGAGCCUGCUUCGCUGGGGCCAGCGGCUGCGCUGCCUGUUACUCCAGCGGACGAGCUGGAGGCGCUGUUUCAGCAGAUACCGCCGGAGCUUGCGCCAGAGGAGCGCAUUGUGCUGGCUGCGGCGCUCAUGGCGGAGAUGCAGCAGCAGCGGAGCAACGCGGCGGCUGCAGGUGGUAUGAUGCAGCACCCGCACCAUAUGCAGCAAUCGCAGCAACCACAGCACUCUCAGCAUUCGCGUCACUCUCAGAUGCACGCUUCUGGAGGAGCCAGUGGUAAUAAUCGUGGUAUCAACUUUCCCCAGGCGCCCGUUUCAGGCCAUUUUGAGGGGGAUUCUUUGGCUAUGAUUGGCAACCAGCCCCCUGCUUUCGCAUCCGAGCCCCAUCAGAGGCUCGCUGGCACAAGACAGCAGCAUGCCAGCGGAGCUGCUCGGACGCGCUUGGCGUCUCGGAGUCUAGUGCGGAGAGGGCGGCGUCAGCGCGUGCGGGCGGCGGAGGAGGGGCCGGUGGGAGCAGGAGAGGAGGCGGGGGAAGUGGUAGCGGUGGAGGGGUUGGUGGUGCUAGUGGUGGGAACCCAGCAUUGA